CCUUAAAACAUUCCCUUGAAUUUCCCACUUCUCUCUCUCUUUCCCCAUCUCAAUUCCCCCUCCUCCCUCCCCCCAAUUCUUCCUUUCCGAAAACAAAAACAAUCAUUCAUUGCGAUCCUCCACAAAUCGCUAACUAACUAAACUACAAAUCCGCCCAACAUGGCAUCUUCCAACAACACUCAACCUGAAGAACCCAUCACCAUUCCCCAGGACCGGGAUGGUGUCGCCUACCUCUACGGCCACCCCCUCCUUAACUCGCUCUCUCCUCCCCUCCAUGCCGCUAUCUACAACCACCUCGGACUGAACUGGAUUCAGAUCCCCCUCUCCAGUGUCUGUGGCACUUCCGCUACCUACCCUCCCCCGUACACACGCUCCCCGCCCAUCGACACCUUCCUGUCCUCCAUCCGCGCCAACCCCAAAUUCGUCGGCUCCUCCGUUACCAUGCCCUGGAAGGUCUCCAUCAUGCCGCACCUGGACGACCUCACCGAAGACGCCCGCCAAGCCGGCGCCUGCAACACCAUCUUCCUGCGCGACAAUGCCGACGGCUCCCGCUCCUACGUCGGUACCAACACCGACUGCAUCGGUAUUCGCGAAGCCCUCGUCCAGAACACCGCUAACGCGGCCGAGCGGUUCGCUGGCAAGCCUGCCCUCGUUGUCGGUGGUGGUGGUACCGCUCGCUCCGCCAUCUAUGUCAUGCGCAAGUGGCUCGGCGCUAGCAAGAUCUACAUUGUGAACCGUGAUGCUAGUGAGGUGCAGGCCAUCAUGGAGGAGGAUCAGCAGCGCAAUCCGUCCGCGGACAAGGCGCCCUUGAUUCACGUUACGGAUCCCGAGGUUGCGAAGACCCUGGAGAGCCCCGCUGCUAUUGUCUCGGGUAUCCCCAACUACCCGCCUAAGACCGAGGAGGAGAUUCGUGCCAGGAAUGUCCUGACGGCGUUGUUGGGCGCCAAGGAGGAUGGCAAGCCCAAGGGCGUUAUUCUGGAGAUGUGCUACCACCCUGUUAUCUGGACCGAGAUUGCCGAGUUGGCUGAUGCCGCGGGGUGGAAGGUUAUCGUUGGCUCGGAGGCGCUGCUCUGGCAGGGUCUGGAGCAGGCCAAGCUUUGGACUGGAAAGGAUGUGGUGGCUGUUCCUGGCUUGUUGGAUAUGGUCAAGGAGCUUGUGGCCAAGAAUUUGGCUGAGAGGCAGAAGGCUACUCUGUAAAGCUUCUUCCUUUCGCCUCCUUCUUUAUCCCUUCAACAUCCGACAUGUUUCAUGAUGAUUCAUUCCUGUAUAGACUCUCGCAUACCCGGUGCAUUGCUUGUAAUGGAAGACCAAAAAUAACGGAACGGGGCUCAGUGAAGAGAGCCCGAUGAUAGAUAUGACGUGUGUUUGAUUAGGUACAUACGUGGAUCUGGCUGC